AUGCCUAUCCUCCGUGAAUCUCCAUGCUCCAAUUGCGUGAGCCGGAAUAUCUCUUGCCAGCAGCCCGCUCCACAAUCCCGGCCCGCGAGGGUGCCAGCAGCCAACCGCCAGCUCAAUGUUACCGGCCCUGACAUCCUUGAGCGUCUUCUUCGUCUUGAGAACUUAUUGGCGGAGCGUCCAAAUACCAGUCCAGCCUUGAGAUCCCCUAGCUCAGGAUCGAUAGUCCCGGAGGCCGACAACGCUCAGUCUCCCCGGCGCUCCCUUGGAAUCAUGCCCAAGAUACAGGACCUAGAGACCGAUGCCGUCCGUCUCGAGAAGCUGUGCAAGGUGCAGAGCUCUCUGGGCUCUGCACUUUCAGAUAGCCUCACCUUCAAAGUUUGCACCUUGGGCCAGCUUACCAACCCCGUAACUUAUAUAUUCCAACCUUCUGCCAGCUCAUUUGGUAUUGUCAAUCCCAUAAGAUGUAUCUGGAUCCCAGAACAUUCAGAGACAAGACUCAUUACAGACAAGUUCGUUGAAGAGAUUGACUACAUACGUCACAUCGUCUAUUUACCGUUGCUGCAACCUAUGAUCGAUGACCUGUAUAGACAUGGGGACUUGCAAGAUGAUGCAGUUACGGGACCGUUGGCCCUGCUUCUCAGCAUAAUCGCAACUGUGAGACAGAACUGGACGAGUUACGAUCCUAGUCAUGAAGUAUUGUUCCCCUCGUCCCCCGAGGCGAAGCAGCAAACUACCUCAUGGGUCAAGGCCACACUUGAUAUUAUUGACUACUCGGCCCGUGUUGGCUCCAACUCUCUUCAACAUGUCCAAGCUCUUCUCCACACAUGCUAUGUAUUGUUCCAUCUUGAAGGUUUCUCGACACAGCUGCGCUCCGUCUUUGGCACAACAGUCACAUUUGCUCGCAAUCUUGGCCUGCACAUCAUCGACCUGCCGGUGAAUAUGGACUACAAACCAAACACUCGGUCCAGCAUCCUUGCAGCUGAGAUGGGACGCAGGGUAUGGUGGAGUGUGGUGACGCUCGACUGGUACGAGAUAUGCCACAACACCCAUUUUUCGGGCUUGCUUCUGGCACAGCAUUGCUACCCGCGCGCGGACUUUUACCUCAUGCAUCCCAAGCUAAUGGCAGUAAAUCGACCCAGAGACUGCAGUGAUGAUGAGAUUGAGAACAAUGAGACGCCGGACCGAGGCCUGUCGCCAAUGACUUUUCACAUUCUGAAAAUACGGCUUGCCGAAUUGUGCCGCGAACACGCCGAGCACACGUUUCUGGGCGGAGGGCUGUACAGCGAGAUGAGAUACGGCCACGUCAUGCAUUCCGACGCCGAGCUCAAUAGGUUCACUCGUGAGCUGGUACCCGCCUUUCAACUAGGUCCGGACGGGUCAUUCCAGGAUCGUGGGCAUGACUCCCCUCCGCCGCGUGUCCUGGCAACUCAAGCAUACAUGCUCAACCUCAGUAUCCAAGCCCAGCUGUGUAAAUUGCACUUGCCUUAUCUCUUCCGAGCGGCUGUCGAUCCCGCCGUCGGUUACUCUAGAAACGCGUGUUUGGGUGCCGCGCAGCAGGUCAUACGGAUCGAACUCGUGCUCGAGAAGAGAUCCUGCCCCCCAUUUCUCUCCAACAUGACCCGUCACUGCGGCGUCCUCUACAUAAUAUGUCUCGCCUGUAUAGUCUUGCUUCUCGACCAGUGUCUUGGCUCUGCAGCGGGAAGGCACGAGGCUCCCUCGAGAGAAACUGUGGAGGCUUACCGGGUGCUCAAGAAUGCGAGCGAGUACUCGCCCACCGCCGAGAAACUCUUCAAUUCCCUGGUGCAUCUCCUGAGCAAGCACCGUGUCUCGCUCCCCACGAACCAAGCAACUACCAACAAGGAGAUGGAUGGUUUGAAUAAUAGGGCGAAUGGCAGAGUCUCUUCGCACAUUCUAAUACUGCCUGGUACCGUGAAUCCUAGAGAGGUGUCCCCGGCUAAUGAAGUGCCACAAGAGCAGCUGUCAGAUGGGCUGUGGCAGGCUACAGACAAUGGCAUUGAUAUUGACGACUUUGACUGGAAGGCUCUUUUUGCCGGGAUUGAUUCUUCUUUUAUUUGA